UCGAGGACAGAAAGUGGAUCCCAUGCAUUUUUUUAAUAUUAAUCCCAGGCCUCUGAGUUCCUCGUGUCAGAACCCAACUCUCCAAAUCACCUCCGUCUUCCUCCAUCAUUUCAUUUCUUCUUAUCUUCAACACUUCCUAUUUACUGUAUCUGACGAAGAAAGGCACUCUCUCUAUACGACAUAGAAAGGCAUACAUACCAAAUACAAGCACAAGGAUGACGCUCGUAAGGGCAAUAAGCCCCAAGCUACUGUUCCACGCAAAGCCAGCAAAAACCACACCCAACCAUGUCAGAGCCCCUGCCUUCAUCCAAAGCAUCAUGUCUGAAACAGGUCAAGCUCCUUCUUUCGAGACGCCCAGAUUGGUGGUCAAGACGGUUUUGGCCACAGAACAACCUGAGGGUGAUGGUGCUGUUGUUAGGAGAUCCAUUGGAAGGAGGGAAUUAAGGUCUUUGGAUCCCUUUUUGCUGUUGGAUCAUUUCUCAGUGAGUCCUCCUGGGGGAUUUCAUGAUCAUCCGCACAGAGGUUUUGAGACUGUCACAUACAUGUUCCAGGGAGCCAUUACCCAUCAAGAUUUUGCGGGCAACAAGGGGACAAUUCAAACUGGUGAUGUGCAGUGGAUGACAGCAGGUAGAGGAAUCGUCCACUCUGAAAUGCCUACAGGAGGACUUUCAACGGGAUUACAGCUUUGGAUCAAUUUAUCCUCCAAAUAUAAAAUGAUUGAACCAAGUUAUCAAGAACUCCUAAGUGAGAAUAUAGAUAGGGCAGAGGAAGAUGGGGUUGAGGUCCGAGUUAUAGCAGGAGAAUCCAUGGGAGUCCGAUCUCCGGUUCACACCCUAACUCCAACAAUGUAUCUGGAUUUCACUCUAAAACCCGGAGCUGAACUGCGUCAAAGUAUCCCAGAAUCAUGGAAUUCCUUUGUGUAUAUAAUUGAAGGAGAAGGGAUCUUUGGCUCCCCAAACUCAGCACCCGUGGCAGCUCACAAUCUCCUGGUUUUGGGUCCUGGAGACGGUCUAAGUGUGUGGAACAGGUCUUCAAAUAAUUUGAGAUUUGUGUUGCUUGGAGGGCAGCCACUUAAUGAACCAAUGGCUAAGUACGGGCCUUUUGUGAUGAACACACAAGCUGAAAUCAAUAGGACUCUUGAGGACUUCAAACAUUUCAAAAAUGGGUUUGGACUGGCCAGGACCUGGAGAUCUCAAUGAGUUGAAAGAUAAACCUCUCUUAUCAUUAACGUUUCAUGAAUUUAUUAUGGGUUCUUGGAUUUGGAUUCCCUAGAGUUUCUUCCCAAAUUUUUAGGGUUUAGAGUGAGAGAUAAUGAACAUACAUAUUGGAUCCCAUUAUAUUUAUUUAGCAUAAAUAAAAAAACACCUCAUGGAAUUAUCAUCCCAAGUUAAAAUGGUGUAAUUUCUAUGACAAUUUGCCUUUUUUGCUUAAACCUAAGCAGUUUGUAUAUUUAUGUGUUUUAUGCACAAACUUUGGUUGUAUCAAUUCUUAAUGCUUUAUUAAAUAUAUGGACCGGUUGGAUGA